AUGGAAUACACAGAAAAUAAAAUGGCAGAAAGAAAUAUCACUAAUGUGGAAGAAUUUAUUCUGCUGGGAUUUUCUGAUAUGCCUAACCUCCAAGGAUUUCUUUUUGGCUUCUUCUUAGUCAUAUACGUAAGUAUUUUAUUAGGGAAUGGACUAAUCAUUACAUUAGCUAAGGUUGCUCCAGCUCUACAAACCCCUAUGUAUUUUUUCCUUGGAAACUUGUCAUUUUUAGAAAUUUGUUAUACUUCAGUAACUCUCCCCAGAAUAUUAUCAGAUCUUUGGACACAAAAGAGAAAUAUUACUUUGCUAGCUUGUGCUACACAACUUUGUUUCUUUCUUAUUCUGGCGGGUACUGAGUGCUUACUACUAGCUGUGAUGGCCUAUGACCGAUAUGUGGCUAUCUGCAGGCCUUUGUAUUAUCCUCUCCUGAUGAAUCAUAGAAUGUGUAUUUGUUUGGUCAUUGGUUCAUGGCUUGCUGUAAUUCCAGCUGCAAUAUGGCAGAUAUACCAAAUUUUUUCUCUGCCUUUCUGUGGUUCUAAAAUACUCAAUCAUAUUUUCUGUGACACCCUACCACUACUGAUGGUGGUCUGUGGGAACACUUCUGUGAUAGAAUUCACUGUUUAUGGUGGUGUUGCUUUGUAUAUCAUGCUUCCUUUUAUCUUGAUAAUCAGAUUCUAUGUAAAAAUUAUUGCCACCAUUGUGAAACUUCCAUCAGCCAUAGGGAGAUUUAAGGCAUUUUCUACUUGUACCUCUCAUCUCACAGUUGUGUUCUUAUUUUAUGGUUCUGAAAUAAUUGGAUAUUCAAGACCGAAAUCCAAUGCCUCAGGAGUAGACAAAGUACUCUCACUUUUCUACACUAUUGUUACUCCAAUGUUUAACCCCAUCAUAUACAGCCUGAGAAAUAAAGAUGUUAUUGCUGCACUUAGGAAAUUAUUAUCUAAGCGAUUUUGUUCAUGA